CUUACUGCUGAACUGCUGACAACGCCUGCCAGUUGACAAUACGCAACUUCAGCCGCGGUUGAAACCAAUUCUUUUGGGCUCCCACUGAUCGCAAGUUCACAGCAUCUAUCAGCAGUGAUCUCCAAGUAUGCGACUCGAACGAUCCCUUCGAAUGGCUUCGGCUACACUGGCAAUUGUUGCGUUUUUCUUUUCUGUCUACCUGCCACUGCAUAAGCCUGCAGCAGCUGUUGCUGUGCCUGGCAGGCCAAAGGCGAAGGGUAAAUCAGUCGCUGGAAACGCAAAAGGCCCUAAAGCAAGCACCGCUGCAAUUUCUGAAGCAAGCAAGCUCUGGCCUGGCUCAGACUCUCUCGAAAUACCCCCAGAACUCAACACAACCUUUUGGAUUCUAGAGAAGGAUGAAGAUCGCAUGUGUUACAACGCGACUUUUGCCAUUUUCAAAAUGUUCAGCCUAGAAGUGCCUGACAAAACCUGCCAUGUUCGCGAUCGAGGAAUAGUGUAAGGCCGCAGGGUGAGAUGCGACCUCACAUCAGCUCGGAGGCCUCACCAAUCAGAUGGCAUAGCACGUGCUCCCGGACUUGCUGUGCUGGCAGCUCCUUUAUAUGCUCUCUUCUUACCUUUUCCAUACUUUAAUCUCUUCCACAUCUCAUUCUCAGGCCUACUACAUACGUAUAGUCGCUUGAGUGGUGAAAGUGGAGGAGCAGCGACGUAAGGAUCCUAAGGCCUUACAA